AUAGCGAGGGAAGGGGAGGAAGGAAGAGGAAAGAAACGAGGGCAUAUAAAUGCUCCCAAAUUGUUCAUGGCGAUGGCAUAAUCCCCUUCCUUCUUCCCCUCCUCCUCCGCUACGUUGGGCGGCAGCCUCAUACCGUCCAGGAGGAGGGAGGAUGGCCGUUGGCGGUAGGGAGAUGCGGGUUCCGCAGGUGAUCCUCCUCUUCGCUGCUGCCGUGGCCUUGGUCGCCGUCGGCCCCAUGGACGGCGCUUUCCCUGCCAGACUGAAACUCCUCAGGUCGCUGCCUCACCGAGGCGUCCACCUCGGCCAUCUCCUCGCCCGCGACCGCGCUCGCCACGGCCGGUCCCUGCUCGCCGCCUCCGGCCUGGUGAAUUUCCCCGUCGAGGGCUCCUCCAAUCCCUUCACCGUCGGGCUUUAUUAUACUCACGUGAAAUUGGGGAACCCAGCAAAAGAAUACUAUGUUCAAAUUGAUACAGGGAGUGAUGUCUUGUGGGUAACUUGCAAUCCAUGCGAUGGUUGUCCGACAUCUAGCGGACUUGAUAUCCAACUGGGGUUCUAUGAACCUGAUAAAUCAUCCACAUCUUCAGUUAUUACUUGCUUUGAUGAACUUUGUACCUCUGCCGUCCAAAAUGGUGAGGCCUUUUGUUCGAUCGGUUCUUCAGGAAAUGCUUGUAGUUACUCCUUCCAAUAUGGUGAUGGGAGUGGCACUGCCGGUUUCUAUGUACAUGAUAUUAUGCACCUCGAUACAGUUACAGCAAAUUCAGAGUCUUUGAAUUCCUCAGCUCAAAUAGUUUUCGGUUGUAGCAACUCUCAGACCGGAGAUUUGAGCAAGUCAGACAAGGCAGUUGGUGGAAUUUUGGGAUUUGGACAGAAUGGAUUAUCUGUCAUUUCACAAUUGUCGGCUAUGGGUGUUGCGCCUCCAGUUUUUUCACAUUGCUUGAAGGGUUCAGACAAUGGCGGAGGCAUAUUGGUUCUUGGAGAGAUUUUGGCACCUGGUAUCGCCUACACCCCACUUGUUCCAGCACAGCCUCAUUACAAUGUUUUUUUAGAAAGCAUUGCUGUCAAUGAUCAGCCACUAUCCAUCGAUCAAUCGGCAUUCACCACAACAAACUUGCAAGGGACCAUUGUCGACUCUGGGACUACAUUGGUUUACCUUGCCGAACAGAUUUACGUUACUUUGAUCAAUGCAAUGCACGGUUCUGUUUCAUCAUCAGUGCGUUCGAUCCCCACCGAUAGUGGAAAUGAGUGUUUCAUAACUUCCAGCAGUCUCGAUGAAUCAUUUCCUUCGAUCACAUUGAACUUUAAGGGCGGCGCAUCAAUGUUACUAACGCCCGAGGAUUAUCUAUUAAAACAAGGCAUUGUUGAUUAUACAGACAUAUGGUGUUUAGGCUUGCAAAACAACCACGGGUCAGGAGUAACAAUUCUAGGAGACCUUGUUCUAAAGGAUAAGAUAGUGGUGUAUGAUUUGGCAAAUCAGCGUGUCGGUUGGCGGAGCUACGACUGUUCUCAGUCUGUCAAUGUCAGCAUAUCAUCUGGUAAGAACCAGGACCGGUUCCUGAACGCCAGCCAAAUCGUGAUAAGCCAAUCCUCACAGAUCAUUUACGAUAAACUACUUUGGACAAUGACUGGAUUUGUUCUUGUUUAUACACUUUUUGCAAAUAGAUUACUAAGAUAGCGACGAUACAGAUGGUAAAUAUAUGCACACACUGAUUCUUUAUUGCUGCUGUUGGAUCGAAACUACCUCCACUUUCUGUAAAUUUGAUUCUUCACUCUAUAAAAUGUUCAUGAGGUUUGCAUGUUUAAGUU